AGUGACCACACAGGCAUUGUUGGAUCCCAGCACUGAUGUUCCCUGACCCCAGGAGGAGUCACACCUGUUCCUCCUCUGGGUGACUUGGGGGUUGCUGGUGCUGGGAUGUCUCCAUCUCAUCCCUCCUGGGUUCCAACAGGCUGCACCCCCUGACCUGUACGUCCUGCUUGGGUGUAUUUUACUUUGCUGAAGCUGGCUGAAAUCAGUCACACUCUGCCAAUUUGAGCUCCCGGCUCAGCAUGGAGAUAAUGAGGGAUGCAAAGCCAUGGAAGCUGCCCCCCGCCCUGGACCAGUACAAGAGCACGUAUCGGAAGGAUUUCGGCUGGCACGAAGAUUACCACUCCCCCAUCCAGGCACACGUCCCGAAACCUUCGUACCCUGCUGUGGCCCAGCUGCCCAGGUGCUACCUGCCAGGCUGCUGGCCCUCCGGCCUGGCAUCGGGACGGGCGGGGAAACUGGAGAUCCUGGCGGAGCCCGUGCACGACCUGUCCUGCUGCCCGCCCCUUCCAGCUCCUGCUCUGCCACCUGAGACCGAGGGGAUGUUGGCACUGAGGGAACUGCCAACUUCAGACUUGCUCACCUACCAGCAAUAUGCCCAGGAUUUGUACCGUGAAAGGAUGUACACUGCUGAACAAAACAAAGACCACAACCUGAGAUCAUCUGUUUUAACGCCAGACUCCUCUGACCUUGAGUGGAAAAGUAUCUACAAGCAAGAUUACCAGCGCCAGAAAAUAAUGCCUGUUGAGCUCUACACAGAGGCGUUAAGGCCUUCUCCCGUUUUCCCAGAGGAAAAUCGCUUCAAUGAGAGCCGCUGGGUUACUGAGUAUGCAGACAGCUACAGCAUGCUCCUGAAGAGGCUGGACUGGUCCUCUCCCAUCUCUGGCCAGUGGCUGCCCUUUGGGAAGGAUGCACGAUGGACGCCGCGCUGGAGAGUGUCCGCUCGCUGAGUGCUGCUGAAACGGAUAUGUCACCUAUGUUGUUCUACAAUUACAGCUCUUUGGCCCUCCAAGCUGCCUGUGUGAUAUUGAUCACCUGAGACAAUAAAAAAAGCCUUGGAAACCUCAUCUCUACCAAACUCAUCACCAUGUCUGUAGAUGUGAAAUGUUUGGCAAAGACCUCUUUAAGUGCAAAUUAUGAUUAAAAUCUCCCAGGAGAUUUUGGGGGGACAGUGGAGGCUACAGAGCUAAAAUCACUGGGGCAGUUUCAAUUUAUGUACUUUAAAGAAAACUUGCUGAUAAAACUGUGGCUCUCAGC